AUGGAAGAGACCCACCGACGUGCGUGCGUGGACUCGUUGCUGGCGUUGCUUGAGCGAGAGGUCCAGCUGCAAACGAAAAACGACAACAACUUACACGUGCAGCAACUUGUGCAAGUGUGUGGCCACUUUGUCGAAUUGUCGUGCUCGCAUGCGAUGUGGAGCGUCAAAGCCAAGGACGACAUGCCGGCGAUGGCGCUGCUCGAGAAAACAAAGGUGCUGCUCGACCUCCACAGCAAGUCAUGGAGCCACUGCCAACCGCACGACCCCGACCACCUCUCAUGGCUCGAGCUGCGUCUCCGCGUAGCCAAGCAACUUGGGGGUGUGAGUCGGCGCAUACACGCCGUCGACGAAACGAUGAAAUUCGUGUACGACGCCAUGGCGAUCGAGUACAGCCUCUUCGACGUCCUGGCCACAGACAAGUCCAGCCGAGAGCGGUUGCUUCGACACCGCACGUCCAUUGCCAUGGCCCACAUGCAGAUCGCCGACUUCUUUGCCAGUGUUGACGAACAUGCUGCCUCCGCCGUAAACGCUCAACAUGCGGCGUCCAUGCUGUUUGAAGCCCUCGUUGUGUGGACCAAGCUCGAGUCGGCCGCCCAGGACAUUGCAGUUCGAGACCACGUCGCAUCGAAGCUUGCUCUAGCAUUACACAACUACGGCGCGGAACUCGAGCACUUGGACGAGGCGUCGAACGCACUACAAGCAUACCGCAAGGCGUACGAGGUCAGUGUCGCAUGCUUUGGAAAAGACCACCAAGGGACGAAAACAAUGGGGCGGGCAUUGCAGUCGUUCUCGAUGGCGCUGAAGGAGGGUCCGCUGUCACCUACGCCCAAGAAGUGCCCAUCUCCCCAACUCGUGCCCCCCACCCCCCACGACAAACAAGAUCGAUGGCGGUCGAGCACACUCUGGCCUGCCUUGCUCAAACGGCUCCAGAGCCACCAUGUCGACAUCGCGAUAGACUUGUCGCCUCCCAAAAAGCCCCAACCCACCAAACCUGGCCCAUCGACCAAGCCCAAACCGACGCCCGUCGUCGCGAAUCCCAUGACGUCCAUGUUUGCACCACGAAAUAUCACGUACGCGCCCGUGCUCCAGCGAGACCCUCGGGCGCUUGAAGCCCCGACGUUGCCGAAAUCCCCCCACCACCAACGUCCCGCCACCGCCAAAUCUCCUUGGAACAAGCAUGUCUCUCCUUUCCAGGGGCACCCGACGACCAUCGUGACGAUUCAGUCGCCAUACGACGCGACGCGUCCGCCUUCGUCGUCUUUGCCACACCGUCCAAAGACGGCUGGAUUCGUGAAGAGAGCAGCGCCAGGAGACACUACUGUAACCUGCCACACACGUCGGCAGCCGCCGACGAUCCCUCCUUCAUCUCCGCAACCUCGGAUGGAUGCCCUAUGCGAUCGUACCUGCGAUGCCACGUUGACAUUGAAACACGACGCAAGUGCACGAGCAACGACGUUGUCACCGGACGACGUCGGCCUACCGACGCCGGUUGCCAAACUGCAGGCAAAUCUUGAACUCGCCAAAACCAUCGCCGCCAGUGACGAAAUGCAGGUCGAGCCACCGUCUAGUGCCAGGUCCAAGCUCCUGGCAAAGAAGGAGGAGCGUAUGAGAGAGCGCCGGCGAAGUGCCUCUGCCGAAGCGACCAGGACAGCACCGGAUGAUGAAAUUGGCAGCGCCACGUCCUGUCUAGAGGCAGAACACGCUUCUGAUGGCGCGAACGCAAAGGGAAGCAGCAACGACCCGCCAAACGCUGAAGAAACCCUCGCGCCGACCGCUCAAGCGAGACUGGCCAUAGUACGUCAACAGUCUGAACACGUGUGCAACGUCGUCGUGCGAGCCGCCGCGAGUCCCGACAAAGCAGCCCCACCGCUACCUGUGACUGCAUGGCCACUCUCUCAACAUGGCGAGGCGAUGGAUUCAAUCGUACGAGUGGCGUACGGAGCACACGAGGCGAUAGAUGUGGAGGUGCAGAGCUCCGCGCGACGUUGUCUUUACGACCCACCCCCGUUGCGACCUUCCAGGCUCGACCUGGUGCGGCAGCUGUCGUCCCAAGUCGUCGAUCACGUGUUGAGGUCCACAAGUCAAGGCAAACCGGGCCCAGUGCAUUCGUCUCUGUUGAUGCCAGGCAUCUCCGCCACGUCCUCCAUCGACACCACUCAUGCCACAAACACACCAGCACGGCCUCCCCAACUUCACGACGACGAAGCGAUGGAAUGGCAGACGGAGCCACACCCUGCAACGUACAUCGAGCCACGUGACAGCCAAUAUCGGGUCGAGGCGGCAACAGAUCCGACUGCAUCCAAGCAAGUCCCAAACCUCCACAUGGACUUCAUUCUGAACGAGCCAGUCGACUCUCUCCAGCGCAAUACACAUCCGUCGCAUGAUGGGCUGCGUGCCACCGACUACAUCGAGGACAUCCUGAUGGACGACUUCUCCAACAACCAUCUCAACCUCCAUGAAGGCGCGCAACCACGGACUGUCGUCGUGCCGUCUAUUCGGACAACUCCACCACUGCCGCCUCCAGAGCAACCUGACAACGCUCGAACGAGCGACUACGUCCACGCAAUAGCUCGACAACUCACCGACCAAAUUUGCCAAGUGGUCAUGGCAAACCUGGCGAUGCGCAGUCCGUUGGUGCAAGUGCCACCGGAAGACUCGGGUCCAGACCAAAGUUUGUUACGCCGCUCGUCGUCCGAUGACGCUCCCCACAGCAUCGAGGAUUGCCACGCCGGUGAAGGCGGCGAACCGUUCGUCGUAGAGUCCCCGCCAUCCGCGUCGUCCGUGAACAACACAGCCUUAUCUGAUGAAUCGUCUGCUUCUUCAACGAGAUCCACGGGCUCUCGCCGUCGAGGCCGCAGGAGGCACCGAUCGAGGAGUACAAGUACCAGCUCGUCUUGUUCCAGCAGUAGUAGCAGCUCCGAGUCAAGCAUCAGCAGCAGUCCAAGCUGCACCGAGAGGUCGCACGUGAGUCUCGGGACCAUGUCGUCCGAUUCGGUAGACCUCGACGACAGCCCUGACGACGAUCGUGCGGAUAAACCUUCGUGCGGUCCCACCAUCGUCCUCACAUCGUGUGCCCCGACCACGAGUACUGCGCAGCCUCAGUCUGCUCAACCGACGGCGAUGGGCGUGGAUGGCACGACCCAGUUCCCUUCUCCUACCGACUAG